AUGAUUUUUAGUAUUGUUUGCAGUGUCAUUGUGGCAGUGCGAUUGAAGGAUGACAACAAGAUGCCAGUCCAGACUCUUCAGCACUUGGUAGAGGAGUGCAUGAGUAGUGACAACAGAGAGGUGAAAGAGCUAGCUACUCUUGUUUCCUGCUUUGUGGUGUAUGUAUUGGAUUCAAGCUUUCACAAUGCAGUAGGGAUGACUACGCAAGAACACUUUGCCAGGAGAUGUUCUCAACUGAGCCAAAUGCAGGAAACAAGAAAGUUCCCGGCAUACAGCAGUAAAGCAAAAGCGCAAGUUCAAUGGACAUUUGCCCAGUGCUAUAAUGAACUUUGGUUGCAGACUAAAGAGAAACAUCAGAGAAGGAUUAAGAGCUCAGCUCAAGAAUACCCAUUUGUCACACGGACACAACAGGUGCCCAGACAUAUCCGGAAGAAAAGACGAAACGACAAGACAACUUUCUAUUUAUACAAGAACAAUGAAGGGAAGGCUGGUGCCUUUAUACAAUUGCUUGAAUAUAGGAAGGACAAAACUUGGCAAGAGUUAUAUUUCUUGGCAUGUACUCAAUGGACUGAGCAUGGGUUUGUGUUGGGAACACUUGUUCCAUCGAGAGCCAUUGUUCCAGAACCAGACUUACUAACCAGACUUACACCGCCAAGAACAAUUGCAAGGUCAAGGAGAACAAUUGUUACACCUGAGGUUACGCCAUUAUUGAGAUCUAACGUUAGUGCGAUGGUUCAAAAUGGCGUUGCUAUUGGACCAAAUAUCAACAAUACUAAUACCAUUCCAUUCCAUCUACCAAGGAGCCAAGUGGCAUUCAUCAGUGCAAAUCAGCAAUGGCAGGCUGCUAUACUACUUUCAGAACAAAUGUGUACUCCAGAGAGCAGGACAGGAGCAGCAGCAGUGCAACCAGCACACCCGCAACAAUCAUUGGAAGACAUCGUGGUGCUUGUGGCUCUGGUAACACUUACCCCACCUACCCCACCUACCCCACAGGAACCGAUAGCACUUAUUCCAAUGACCAUCAGUGCAACUCAGCAACGGCAGGCUGCUAUACUACUUUCAGAACAAAUGUGUACUCCAGAAAGCAGGACAGGAGCAACAGCAGUGCAACCAGCACCCCCGCAACAAUCAUUGGAAAACAUCGUGGUGCCUGUGGCUCUGGUAACACUUACCCCACCUACCCCACCUACCCCACAGGAACCGAUAGCACUUAUUCCAAUGACCAUCAGUGCAACUCAGCAACGGCAGGCUGCUAUACUACUUUCAGAACAAAUGUGUACUCCAGAAAGCAGGACAGGAGCAACAGCAGUGCAACCAGCACCCCCGCAACAAUCAUUGGAAAACAUCGUGGUGCCUGUGGCUCUGGAAACACUUACCCCACCUCCCACACAGGAAACGAUAGCACUUAUUCUAAUGACCAAAAGAGGAGUGUCAAUGCCACCAGUGCAAGAGGCUGAUGCCUCAAGUACUUCAGCAACAAUUUGUGUUGGUAUGAAUCAGUCAACCGCUGGGACUGAUGGCUCAAAACAUUUGGCCACACCUCAGCAAGCAGACACUACAGCAGCCGAAGCAGCAGUAGUACUAGCUACAAUUGAGAGAAUCAUGUUUGUCAGCACAGAGAGGAGUACUGCUAGUAGUGAUGAGGGUCAGAAUGAGGAACCAAAUGAUAAGGGUGCAUUAGAUGCUGGUGAUACAGACGAUGCAAACAUUGACAAGGGGGAGACGGUGCCUACAACAAAGUGUAGUAACAAGAAGGCAAAGCCAAAGAAGAAGAAAGCCCAAUCCAAAAAAAAUCCAACAGCGAAGACCAAGGAGCCAUCUGUAAUUGCUACAUCAAUAGCGAUAGCCAACAAAGAGUGGGAUGUCUGUGGAGCACUGGCACUUCCAAAGGGUCAUAUCAAGUCCUAUAAGAAGCAGCUUCUUGAGCUCGGUGGCGGGAGAAUCGAGAAGUUGAGAUUCUGUCAGCUAUAUUGCAAGACCGAUCUAUUGGGUGAAACCGGUGCUUAUUAUAAGGAGGGAGGAACCACGGCUUUCUAUUGCCGAGACUUUCUCAAAUAUGGUGGGUGCUGCCAAGAAUGUUUUGCCAAGAAGUGCGAGAGUGGUUUAACUGUCCGUAGGACCCGUGGAAAACAACAGAACUAUGCAAUACUGCAUAAUAGUGGUUAG